AUGUCCGCCCUACGAAUACUGGUGCCCGUUAAGCGGGUAAUUGACUAUGCAGUCAAGCCCCGCGUGAACAAGGCGCAGACGGGCGUCGAGACGGCCGGCGUCAAGCACUCGAUGAACCCCUUCGACGAGCUCUCGGUCGAGGAGUCUGUGCGGAUCCGCGAGAAGAAGUCGGCGCCGGGCGGCGUGGAGGACAUCUGCGUCAUCUCGGCGGGGCCGGCCAAGGCGCAGGACGUGCUGCGGACGGCGAUGGCGAUGGGUGCGGACCGGGGCAUCCACGUGGAGGUCAAGGAGGGGGAGGAGCUGGAGCCGCUGAGCGUGGCCAAGCUGCUCAAGGAGGCGGUGCGGCGGGAGAAGAGCAACGUGGUCAUCCUGGGCAAGCAGAGCAUCGACGACGACGCCAACCAGACGGGCCAGAUGCUCGCGGGCCUGCUGGGCUGGAGCCAGGCGACGCAGGCGAGCAAGGUCGAGUUCGGCGAGGGCGACUCGGUCAGUGUCACGCGCGAGGUCGACGGCGGCGUCGAGACGCUCAAGGCCAAGCUGCCGAUGAUCAUCACGACGGAUCUGCGUCUCAAUGAGCCGAGAUACGCUAGUUUGCCGAACAUCAUGAAGGCUAAGAAGAAGCCGCUUGAGAAGAAGACGCUGGCAGACUUUGGCAUCACGACCGAGAGGAGGCUGAAGGUGCUCAAGGUUACUGAACCGCCGACACGGCAAGGCGGCGGCAAGGUAGAGGAUGUUGGUGGGUUGGUAUCCAAGCUCAAGGAGCUCGGUGCAUUAUAA